AAAGAAGAAGAAGAAGAAGAAGAAGAAGAAGAAGAAGAAGAGCCGCCGCAGAGGACCUGUGCAUGUAAACAGAGAUGUCGGAGUCUCCGGAUGCUCGCAGCCUUCUCUCUGCCUCCUCGCAGCUCAACCUGAUGGACAUGGAUGCGAUUGAUGAUAAGGAGUUUGACAUUCCCCAAGUAGACACACCUCCCACACUGGAGAGCAUCCUUAAUGAGCUGGAGGAUGAGGAGGAACCAUUUGUGUUGGAGGAUACCUGUGUUCUUAACACAGACAACAUGGAUGCUCACUCCUGUGACACCUCCUCUCUGGCCAGCUCUGACAGUGGAGACCCAGCACACCUAAAACGGAAGAGGAGGACAGUGGAUCUUAAUGCAACCGUUCAUGGGUCUGUUCUUCGACACAGCCUGUUGAAGGGCAUCUCUGCACAGAUCGUCUCUGCUGCUGACAAAGUGGAUGCUGGACUGCCAACUGCUAUAACAGUGUCGGGUGUGAUUGCAGUAGGAACAUCUCAUGGUCUGGCUCUGGUCUUUGAUACCAAUCAGGCUCUGCGGCUCUGUCUGGGUACCAAGGCAACUGGGGCAGAGUUUGGAGCUGUUUCGGCCCUCAGCAUCAACCACGAUUGCUCGCGACUUCUCUGCGGGUUCGCCAAAGGACAGAUCACAAUGUGGGAUCUAGCCAGUGGGAAGCUCCUGAGAACAAUCACUGAUGCCCACCCUCCAGGGACAGCUAUACUGCAUGUGAAGUUCACAGAUGACCCAACUCUUGCAGUGUGCAAUGACAGUGGAGGAUCGGUUUUCGAGCUGGCUUUCAGGAGGGUGAUGGGUAUGCGGUCCUGUGACUCUCGAUGUCUCUUCAGUGGUUCUAAAGGGGAGGUCUGCUGUAUUGAACCACUGCUUGCUCCUCCAGACUUCAGAGACCAUCCCAUCACACACUACUCUCUGCUGGCUAUGGCCUCUCUCACUAAGAUUCUGGUCAUUGGACUAAAGCCCUCGCUGAAAGUCUGGAUGACUUUUCCCUACAGCAAGUCUGAUCCGUCCAGUGUCCCUCAGCUGGCCUGGCAGUUUGUUCCUGUUCAGAAGACCGUCAAUCCGAUCCUGGCUUUUUGUAAAGGAGACACAGUCCACUUCCUCCUGGUAAAGAAGGAGGAAACGGGGACCAUCCAUGUCAUUAAACAGAAACAACUCCACUUAAGCUGUGACAUCAUUAGCCUGAGUUGGAUUAACAGUCGUACGCUGGUUCUGGUAGACAGCCAUGAAAAACUGCAGGUCGUGGACCGGCCCAGUCAGGAGAUUUUGGAGACUCUAGACUUGGAGCAGGUGCAACUGGUCUAUAACAGCCGACAUUUCAAAUCGCUGGCGACUGGAGGGAAUGUCUCCCAGGCUCUGGCUUUGGUCGGAGAAAAGGCCUGCUACCAGUCAGUCUCGAGCUACGCAGGACAGAUUGUCUAUUUGGGUACCAAGUCAGCUCACAUUAUGGCUCUAAGGAAUUGGAGAGAGCGUAUAGACUGCCUGCUGAAGCAGGAGUAUUUUGUUGAGGCUCUCUCUCUGGCCUGGUCCUUCCACGAGGGAACUGCUAAAGCUGUGGUCGGCCUGUUUGGAGAUCCAAUGAAAAGGAAGGGAGUUGUAGGUGACAAGAUGGUAGAGAUCUUUUUCCAGUUUGCAGAGCAUGCUUUGAAGAAGUGUCCAGAACAAGGCAAGAUCCAAGUGAUGGAGCAGCAUUUCCACGAUGUGGUUCCAGUCCUGGUGAAUUACUGCCUGCUGCUAAAGAGGACUGACCUGAUGUUCAACCAGUUGUAUGCUCAGUUGGUGGAGAACAUGGUUGCUAAGGGCGUCUUUCUGGAGUCACUAGAGUCGUACAUUGUUGCGGACCGUCUUGGUCACCUCACCACGCCCAUCAUGAGGGACCUCCUGGCCCAUUACCAUGGCAAUGGUAUGAUGGACAGCCUGGAGAGAUGCAUUGUCCAUCUGGAUGUGACAAGCCUUGACAUACAGCAGGUGGUUCAAGUGUGUUGGGAGAACCAACUCUAUGAUGCAAUGAUUUACGUUUUCAACAGCGGCAUGAAUGACUACAUUACACCUAUGGAGAAACUCUUUGCAGUGAUUGGCCCACCACUUAGAGCGGGGAGGAGCCUAAAGGAUGAGGAAGUGGUGAUGGGAAACAAACUUCUGGUGUACAUAAGUUGCUGUCUUGCAGGAAGGGCAUAUCCACUUGGAGACAUCCCUGAAGAUCUUGUGGUUCAAGUCAAGAACCAGGUGUUUGAGUUCCUUAUCCGUCUCCAUUCAGCCGACUUGUUGGAGGAGGAGGAGGUUUUCCCGUUUAUUCGUACACUCCUCCACUUUGAUACCCGGGAGUUCCUCAAUGUCCUGGCUAUGACAUUUGAAGACUUUAAGAAUGAUAAGCAGGCCCUUGAGUACCAGCAGAGGACAGUGGACAUCUUACUUCAGGUGAUGGUGGACAACCCAGACUUUACUCCAUCCCAGGUUGGCGGGCUCUUCACAUUUUUGGCUCGCCAGUUGGCCAAGCCAGACAACACACUUUUUGUGAACAGGAAACUCUUUGAUCAGGUUCUGGAGUUCCUGUGUUGCCCAGACGAUGACUCCAGACACACUGAGAGGCAGCAGGUUCUGCUGGAGCUGCUGCAGGUUGGGGGUGUGGUCCAGUUUAAUGAAGGAAGGCUGUUGGCUCUGGCAGAGAAGGCCAAGUUCUACCAAAUCUGUGAAUUUCUCUAUGAGAAGAAACAUUUGUAUGACAGAAUUAUUGACUGCUACCUGAGAGACUCCCUCAGAAAGGGGGAGAUCUUCAGCUACAUCCACAACCUGCUGUCCAUGCCCGGCUACAGCCCUGAGGAGAAACAAACAGUCAGGGACAAAGUACUUCAACACAUUCAGGAGCUGGUGACACUUGAUCCCAGCAAGUCGGCUGACCUAGUGGUGUUUCACUUUGCUAAAGAGGUGCAACAAAUCAUCUGUGAGCUUCAGGAUGACCAGCUUCUUUUCCAGUUCCUCAGCUGCCUCCUGGAGCCACGUGAAAGCCAUCAUUCAGGGCCCAUCCUGCCUCUGGAAUGUGACCUCCACGAGAUGCUCCUGGACUUACUGUGCCGCUUUGGCCCCCAGCAGCUCCUGAGCUUCCUUCAGACCUCCCAGCACUACAGACUGCAGGAGGCCAUACAAAUUACACAGAAGUACCACCACAAUGAGGCUACAGCCUAUCUGCUGGAGAAGAAGGGAGAUGUUCAUGGAGCUUUUACUGUCUUGUUAGAGACAUUGAAGGAAAAACUAAGUCUCCUCACUGCUGAGAGUGACGGAGGAGCUAACGGAGGAGAUGGAAGACGGGAUGAAGAGAAGAGAGAUAGUGAAUCAUCAUUGACAGGAGUAAAAGAUUCACUGAAAGACAUCAUUUCCCUGUGUCAUCGAAAUUCUGACAGCCUCUACCAGCAACAAAGAGAGGUUCUGUGGUUUCCACUCCUGGAGACCAUGAUGGCCUCUCAAAAACUAGUUAAGGGGCUCGAUGAUGAACGCACAUUUGAGGCGCUUAAGGAGCUGACAAUGAAGGUUCUCAACUGUAUGAGCAGCUUUAUUUCUCUGCCCGCCAUCAUCCAACGAAUACUGCAGGACCCCGUCUAUGGGAAAGGAAAGUUGGCAGAGAUCCAAGGCCUCAUUCUGGGCAUGCUGGACACUUUUAACUAUGAACAGACUUUACUUGAAACAACCACCAGUCUUUUGAACCAUGACCUCCACUGGUCCCUUGCUCACCUGCGCGCUGCUGUCACAAGGGGACUCCACCCACGACAAGACUACUGCAACAUCUGCCUCCAGCAGUACAAGCGGAGGCAGGACUCAGCUGAUGAGAUCAUAGUGUUCAGCUGUGGCCACUUGUACCACUACCAGUGCCUGCAGCAGAAGGACUCUGGGUGGGGUCUUACUUCAGAGCUGCAACAGCGAUGGAGCUGCUACAAGUGUUCCUCCAGCCAAGGAGGAAAUAAAAGAGGCCGCAGCACGUCCCUGGCACAGGUGUGUGUUUGUGCUUGCAAGAGAAGAUUGACUCGUGUAACAUCAGUGCAUCAUGAUGGAGGAGCAGAGGCUCACAGGAAGAAGGUGUUUGUUGACGCAACGUUGGACCUUCAGCAGGAGCAGUCCUGGAAUCAGCUACGUUGUUUGUAUCGAGGACCAUCCAGGUUAUCCAUCCUGUCAGAACUCUCCCAUUGCCAUAGCAGUGACAAGACCGGGCUUCUAAUCCCAGCCCAACCCGGAACAGAUCAUUUCCAACUUAAACUCUCUCCUCCACCUUUAUUUGAAGAGUAGUGCCCUGACUGGUUGUGAAUCCAUGUUUUCUUAAUCUGUCCAGACUUGAGUUAAGUGUGAUUUGGUUUAGACAGAACAUUUUCUUCUGACGUCCCUAAUAUUCUACAUCGGUAUGGGUUAUAGUUUUCCAGUGUAUUAUUUUUGGGAGACAGUGAUAUUGUAUAAUGUUUUUCCAAAAUGUUUAUUUACAAAAAGAAAACGUUUUGAUAUUCUUAAUAUUUGGUCACUCUGAUCAUUCUGCUGAAUAUAGCUUUAAUUGUUUAUUGACUUUAGCUGGCUGAACCAUGUUGCUUGGUUUGCAUGUUGGUGCUGAGAUGUGAAAAGGUGUAUCCUAACUAACUAAUCCUAAUCAUAACUGCAAAGACUUGUGACCCUUAUUUUGGUGAGGGAAAUGAUACUGACUAUUUGAACCUGUAAAAAAAUGCGAUACUUUCACAUCUCUUAUUUCACAAUGUUAAUAUGAAACAAACUUAUUUCAUGUGAAAUGUUAUAGCUUAGUGAAAUCACAUUUAACUUGUAAGCUUCUUAUUGAUAAAUGACCUUCAUUGAUUGAAUCCAAAAGUGCACUAAUUUUAACUCAAAUUCAAAUGUUUAUGGUGUAUGCAGCUGAAUAAUAAUUUUGUAAUUGGAUGUUUCUUGAUGUUGUGGUAAAUGGCUCUUCUUCAACUUUAGGGUCCACACGCAUGUACCUUUUGACUUUUUAGCAAAGAACCAGAUAUUUUCUGACGCAGUUGUUCAUCUUAAGCACUGAUGAUUUACAGUUAAAAGUUCAAAUGAUUCACUGUGAGAUAAUGAAUGUUACCUUAACUUUCUGGACGCCUGACAAAAGUCCUCCCAAGUCUCUUUGGCUGUGGAGAAGUAGACAAACACAGGAGGCCCUGCUCCGUGUCUGGAAAAACUUAAGUAAACAUCGACACUUUGUCACAUUAGUGGUUAGUGUCGUUAGUCACAUGACACAUUUCACUCGCUAGCCUCGUGAGUCGUUAGUCAAGUUAACAACAACCACGCUCUAAAACCUAACUUCAUUGUUUUGUUGCCGGAAGUUCCUGUGAAGACGAAGGUUUAUUUUGACACAAUGCACACUUUAGUGAGUGGAAACUGACGUAAACCGGUCCUAGACGGUAGUGUCAUAGUUUGACGCUUAUGGACACUGACCAAGCGUUGGUGUUUGAUGAGUUGGGAGUGUGAAUAUGUGGGUUUCUUGCACACUCAUCUUAAAUACUGACUGCAGCCAUUGCCACCAUACUCUUCCUUCCUUUUCAGGAAGUUCCAACAGUCCUAACAAAGAAAUUGCACUAUUUGUACUUGAUGAUGAGACAGCCAUUCUCUUAAGUUCAUGCUUGAAAUUAGCAGUCAAUGACUGGUAGAUAAGCCUUUUCUUGGUGUUGAUCAAUCUUCAGUUGUUCUAAGCAAAAAAAGCACUUAAAAUGAACUCCAACGGGCAGUUUUUGCUAAAACACUAAGAUAUAGCCUAUGAGACAAAAUAGCAAUCCACUUAGAGUUUAUACAGGGAUUCUGGUUCAAAUCAAAACUCAAAUUCAAAUCACUUCCUUCUAUUGUCUUUAAAGAAUGAAGUGUCUCUCUUACUGAUAUUUUUAAAUCAAACACAGCUCACCUGAAGAUGCAGAGGUCAGUAAAACUACCCCAAUAAAAUGAAGUGUUAAUCAGUGUUUGACUUACAGUAAUAAUAAUCAAAUCUGGAGAUGUGUGAGAGAACCUGUAUUCAACCCAUUGAGAAAUGCAUUCCAGCUAUAACAGAGUUAGCACUGUUUCUAAGACGGUAGGUAUAACAACAUGUAUUUAAUUAAGUAAGUAAGUAUUUAAUACAGAAUCACACAACAACUUAUAAGCAUUGGACUUUCUUCAUAGAAUGGCACUUAAGUUGAAUUGUAGCUUUUGCUAUUUUUUUCCUCUGAAAUCUGUCAGCUCAUCAGCUAAUCCUUCUUUCUCUUUUUUGGGAAAAUCCCCAAAAUGUAG